UCUAUACACGUACCCCUUUAACGGAAGCCACCACCGUCGAGAGAGAGCCCUACUUCUCGAGCAGACAGCGCUUCGCUCUGCAAGGAUGUGGAGGCAGAGUCAUAAACCAACCAAACUAUUCCACAGGGCACAAAGAUGUCGACCAAGAGCUCUUGCACUACUAGCUUUGUUCCUUGUCGCUUCCACGCUGCUUCUUUGUGGAAUCAAAGGAAAACCUAGUUCCCAAUAUGAUCCUCCGAAGCUAAAACGGAGCAGAACCCGAACUUCCACCCAAUUUCGGCCUACAGUGGAGUAUACAAAUGGGACUGACUUGAUAUGGCAGAUACCGGAGUCGCCCAAGGCGGUGUUGUUUAUAGCUCAUGGCUGCAAUGGAAGGGCAGCCAACUUUUGGGACAGAUCCCCUGGCUGCCCAUAUUGCGUUGGUUUCCCAGAAGAGAGGCUGAUAGUCCUUCAUGCCCUGGAUCGGAGAUUCGCGGUUCUCAGCAUUUCCAGUUCCCGGAAAUGUUGGUCGCUUGGGAAGGAGAAGCAUGUUGUCAAAUGGAUAACCACAUGGUGGAUUGAGAGAAAUAAGCUGGAGAAGCUUCCUAUCAUGGCACUAGGGGCUUCAUCCGGUGGGUACUUCGUUUCUGCCCUUGCUGCCGAGAUGAGGUAUAAGAGCAUUGUGCUUAUGAUUGCAGAAGGGGUGUUCGAUACUAUGGGUAUACCAGAGGGUUAUCCUCCCACACUCUUUGUGCACAUGCCUAAAGACCAGCGCAGGAUGAGAUUGAUAGAAAGGAACAUGGAAGCACUGAGGCGGAAGGGUGUUCGUGUCAAGGAGGUCAGGUGCUUGGAAUUCCCCUUGUCUCCAAACUUCUUGUCGGAUAGGAUACUGGGGUUGAACCAGACAAUGGCUGUCAAGCUAAUUCGGAUGUUCUCGGAGAAGGGCUUCCUCGAUGAGAAUGGGUAUAUGAGAAAAGAUGGGCGAGCGACUCGUUGGAAGCAAGCUCUCAGGGAAAGGGGAUUUCCAUUGGAGAAGUAUGAAUUGCUUAAUCAUAUCCAGGAGGAGUUAAAUCUUGCAUAUGGAUACCAUGAGAUGACUAGUUUGCAGACUGAUGAUAUUUUUGACUGGUUUGAAUCUUAUAUGAAUUAGUGGAUAGUUUGUAUCUUAAGCUCCAUUAGCACUAUUUACUGUUUCAUUGCAUUUUCACUUAUAUGUGUAUAUAUAUAUAUAUAUGUGUUCAUUGGCACAUAUAUUUCCUACAA